AUGAUCCUAUCGCGAUUCCCAGCCAACAUCGCAACCGGGCCUCGCAGCUUAGCUGGAUCGUCGUCGAACCGUAAAGCACGAUAUCGCUGCGCAAAACGAGCCGAGAUCGUCGAGCAGCCCCCUCCAAACACGCCUUGUCCCUACUUGGCCGCCUCCCAUUACAUCCAUUUCCACGACCCACCCCCACCGUACGAACAGCACGUCGACUCGCCACAUCCGGUGGCGCCUUCGCCGCCGCAGGGAAACGCCGAACGAAAGGGUUCCACUUACAAAUUUUUCUUUUCUCAAAGCUACGACACUCCGGCCGACUCCUCCGACAUCUCGAGCCCGUCCGCAAUGGAGGACGACUCGACGGGAGACGACUCGGACUCGCUUGUGAGCGACUUGCCUCAGAGGGAGGACAGGACUGUCGUCACCGUCAAAGAUGGCGAUUUCGAUCUCGAGGAGAUCACCGAGGACGAUAUAGGAUACGACAGCGACGCCGAAGUUGUCCGCCCCGACGGGUUCGAGGAUGCCGGGCGCAACCGGGAUGACGCGGGCAUCUCGGAGUGCCUCGAAGAACUCAACUGCGACGACGACUCGGUCAACACGGACGAAGAGUUGCGGCGCCGUUGGGAGCGCAAGAAGCGGCGCUGGAGCACCCGGCCGUUCAAGCGCACGCACAGUCAGAUCGUUGGCAGCGACACCGACGAUGCCGAUCUCGACGGGCUUGGCACCCACGAGGCCGGGUCCGGGGCGCGUCGGUUGAGGCGCAAGCUGAACGGCGGACGGCGGGAGAGGUCGUCGCUAAUAUUCGAAGACCUCGGCGAAGCAGACAACGAGGAAGAGCACGGCGUAGCGCCUGACCAGGAAGGGUUACAGUCCCUCCCGUUUUGGGUGCUGCAAGAAAAUCGCAUGGAGUUAGAUUCAGGUUCGAGCGGGCCGCCCUCGGUGGCAUAG